AUGAGCCCACGGGCACGAUUGGAAAAAAUCAAACAGCAACUUGCCGCACCUGCGGUGGUUGCACCGAUGUUUCUGGUCUCCGGUCCCGACAUGGUUGUCGCUGCUAUCCGGGCUGGCUUGAUCGGUGCUUUUCCGGCGCCUAACGCAAGAAAUAUUUCCAUCUUUGAAGACUGGUUGCAACGAAUCAGCAGCGUGGCUAAUGCCAGCACUGAGCGGGAAUUCGCCGGCAGCUGGGCGGUUAACUUGGUUGUUCACCGGACCUAUCCUCGGCUCGAUGAAGAAGUCGCGCUGCUUGAAAAGUACCAGCCGCCCAUUGUGAUCACAGCGCUGGGCAGCCCCAGCGCAAUUGUAGAACGUGUUCAAGCCUAUGGUGGGAUGGUGAUAGCCGAUGUGAACAGCGUUGCCUACGCGCGCAAGGCAGCCGCUGUUGGCGUUGAUGGUUUGGCUUUGGUCAGUGCCGGUGCCGGCGGCCACACCGGGCGCGUUACUGGUUUCACUUUCAUUCCAGCAGUGCGCGAUUUUUUCGACGGCAUCAUCAUUGCCGCUGGAGGGAUCUGCAAUGGUCAGGGCAUUCGAGCCGCGGAGGCCCUGGGUGCUGAUUUAGCCUACAUGGGCACAACCUUUAUUGCGACCGAGGAAAGCCUAGCUUCUGCUGAGUACAAGCAAAUGGUGGUCGAUGCUGGCCCCGACGAUCUGGUGUUAACCGAUUCGUUUAGUGGGGCGCCAGCUUACUAUCUGCGCGAGAGUAUCGUUCGGGCUGGGCUGGACCCGGACGAUUUGCAACCGGGCAACGGCAUGAAUCUCACCGGCUCAGAGAAAAAGGUGAAAGCCUGGAAAGACAUUUGGUCGGCGGGGCCGACUGCGCAGGUGGUCCAGCAGAUUGAAUCGGUUGGGUCCCUGGCUGGCAAGAUUGCCGAGCAAUAUCACGCCUAG